GGAAGAAGUACUUGCUUUCAAUCGACCGCAGCAAUGUUUGAAUGCGGUGGGAUAUGCAAACCUUAUUAGAAAGUUUUAUGAGCGUACCAAGAGGCCAUACGGUGAGAGUCAAAUGAAGAAUAGGUGGGAUAUAUUGAAAAAAAUGUAUACCCAAUGGAAGACUUUGAACUUGAGAUCAACCGGAUUGGGAAGAGAUCCUGUUACUGGUUGUAUUGUGGCUGACGAUGAAUGGUGGGAAGAACAAAAUAAGGCUAUGCCAGGUUGUAUCCGGUUCAGAACAGCUCCGCUUGAAUAUGAGGAUCAGAUGCGAAUCAUGUUUGAAUCGGUCAUUGUUACAAAUGAAACUUCAUAUGUUCCAAGUGGUGAUGGAAACGUUGAUGUUGAUGAACAUGAUGUUGUUGAUGUUGAGGGCAACAAUGAUAGAGAGGCACAUAAGGCCCCAUCCAGUUCUGAGCGGAGGGCUUCAAAAAGGCCAGCUCCUAGUUCCCCUAAAAGAAAGAAGAAGAAGACUUUUAGAGACCAAUGCAUGAAGCGGUUGGUCGAUGCAUAUGAGUUGAAAGCUCAAAGUAGUAAACAUCCAGCUACUUCACAAGUUGUUGAUCAUGUUAGAGAUGAGAUUGGGAAGCUUGCAUUUGUUUUGAUGAGUACCUCUAGUGCAACUAGUGAAUGUGAAGGCAACAGUGAUUCUAUUCAUACCAUAGAUGUUGAUGAAUCUGAUGACACUGAUGAUGAUUACAUAGUGGCAAUGCUUAGUAUGGACUACAUGGCAUCAUCUGGUAUGAACAAGAAGAAGAUUACUACUACGAUAGCAAGGAUGACUGGAAUACAGUGGGUUGAGUUGCAACUACAAGAUCCAGUGGAGUGCUUUAACAUGUUCAGAAUGAGGAGGUCAGUUUUCUUAAGCCUUCAUGACACUUUGGCAAUGCAAGAAUAA